UCGCAGCGCUACACCUGUUCCCGCACGCCUCAGUCAGGUGGUUAAUUAACCCAAUUUUGGGAAGUAACCAAUCAGAGGGAUUAUGCAAAUAAGUAUGUAUGCUAAUGAAGGCUAGGGUAUAAAAGUAGAGAGCUUUAGAGUAAAAGGCGCGCAGUUAGACUUCGGGUGCGGACGCACGAGGCUGUCGGAGAAAAUCAUGGCGCAAGCCCCGCACGCCCCUCCUCCGGGGGCCAUCCAAGCAUUGCUGGCAGGACAGGGCCCACCGGUGCCGGCAGCACCUCAACAAGCAGUCCAACAGGCAGCGGGGCAAGGUCCGCAGGCAGCGGGGCAAGGUCCGCAGGCAGCGGGGCAAGGUCUGCAGGCAGCGCAAGCUCCGCAGGCCGCGGGGCAAGGUCCGCAAGCCGCCCCCCAGCACGCGGCGGUACCCCCAGCGCCACCCCCAGCGCCACUUCAGCCAGUAGGACAAGGACAAGGGGCCGGAGCGCCGAUUGUGCAGCAGGGACAGGGGCAGCAGCAAAUACCCCCUCAACAGCCACCAGCGGCACCUCAGGGUGCAGCUGCACCGCAAGCACCCCCGGGAUUACCUCCACAAGUCCAGCAGGCGGCUGGAGUUCAGCCGGAUGGUGCCCCUCCUAUCCCACCGCAAGAGGAACUUGCGCAGUUGGUAAGAUCCCUUCAGGCUACAGUGGAGGGGUUCCAGAGGGGGCAAGUGGGAAUGAGAGCCAUUUUGAGAGAUAUAAGGAGCAUCGUACAGCGGCCAGACGCGCUGUUUGAUGCUGCCUCAGCCAUGCAGCUGGUGGAGGACUUGGCGGCGGCCGCUAAGAGGGAAGGACAUAGAAAAGCGGACGAUUAUCAAGCGGCAGCAGAACUUUUUAGAAUGAAUCGUCACGAUCCUAACCUUAAGGCGGCGUUGAGGGAAAUGUAUGCAACUGAUGCAGAAAGAAAGGUUGGAAAGCGUGUUGGGGGGAUCCUGGAGAAUUUAAGUAAUAAGGGUAACCAGGCAGUUUCAUCUGCACCAGCACUUGGGUCGCGGCAACAGUCGGGACAGUGUGGGCUGAUGCAGCAGCGGUGGCAACCCUAUGUCCCGCAGGGUUUCUUCAGCCCGCCUCAGCCAUUUUCUAACGCAGUACCACAGCAAUGGCUUUCCAACCUUCCCCAGAUAAUUCCCAAUCUGGGUUUGCAGAGUUUCCCCAGCCAGCAGUGGAGCCCCAACCUGGGCCAGCAGGGCUGCUCUGGCCAGGGCCAGCUCUGGAACUCCAAUCCGCCUCAGUUUGGAAAUAGCAACCAAUUUCAACAGGCUAGCAGUAGAACCAGGCGGUGUUAUGGAUGUGGAAGUAAUAGGCAUUUGAUAGCGAAAUGUCCCGAGAAGAGGGGUAGGAUGAAAAAGGAGUAACAUUUUUGUUUGUACUAUUAUUGUUAUGGAGAAUGAAGCAAUUUUGUAACACUGUUGAAUUGUAUGUUUUUUCUUUGGAAGUCAGUGAUCGUGCCCGAUGCGAGUUGGUAAGAACAUGCUGUUGAAAGAUUAUAGUGUGCUGUUUGUUGCAUUUUGAACAAUUUGAUGUGAAGAUGUAAAAUAUGUUGGAUAAUCUGGUUGUCAAAAUUGAAGAAGUACUGAAUUUGUAAUAGUUUGUUGAUGAGAAUAUAAGGUUAACGUGUUUUGUGUGAAAUAUUCGGUCGACGAGAUUUUCUUCAAUAUGUAUGUUGUACCGGUGAUAUUGAUUUCAGAAGAUUCGUAUAUAUUAGAGAUGACUUAAAAUUGUAUUGAGUAUUGCAAGUUCUCUCAGUAACAAUGAAAAGUUUGAGAGAGGCAUUUGAACAGAUAAUGGACCUGGACUGGACUGGACUGGACGUGAAUAAAAAAUGUUUUGGCAAUUUUUA